CUUUGUCAUCUUACGGUUCAGUCCUCCUCCAUACCGUUGCUGUAUUUUCUCUCACCGGCAUGUCCGUCUUCAGCUACGUCGGGAAACACCCCUAGAUCUCCACCACCGCUUCCUUUGUGUUAUUCCUCCUUCUCCGCGCCCUUCCGCCUCGCGCCCACUCCCUCCGUCACGAUGCCUGAACACGACUACGACCCCCGCGCCCUUGCCCUCCCCUUAGGCGACGGCUCUCCAGAACCUGUUAGUCCGAUAUGGAGUAGACGGUCCGCUUCAUUCCGCCGCAAUGAAGCCCCGUUUCCUCCCCAGCUUUCCUUCCGGGCACGUUUAGUGAAGCGGGCCAACAAGUUUCAAAGUCGUGUAUAUGGGACCUACCGGCGGCUAUCGCUAUUCCAGCGAAUCCUUGUGGCCAUCGGCGGAGUCACUUGCUUCGUCCUGUCAAUACUCUUCCUGGUUUACAACGAGCGCAUCUUCCAUUCCUUGUUGCCCUUUGCGGCGAAAUGGCGGGACAUCCGAGCCGGCUGGCUAAUUCUUUGGGCGCUCAUAUUCGUCGUAUCCUUCCCUCCGCUAAUCGGAUACUCGAGUCUUUUAACAAUUGCAGGAUUCGUAUAUGGAUUCCCGAACGGGUGGUUCAUAGCAGCCAGUGCGACCGUGGUCGGCAGCACCGCCUCAUUUAUUCUUUCUCGUAGCAUCCUCAAAAACAUGGUCCACCGCCUAAUAGCCAACGAUAAGCGCUUCGCAGCUCUCGCUCUAACCCUCAAGCACGACGGCCUCAAACUCCUCGUCAUGAUCCGGAUGUGUCCGCUCCCAUAUUCUCUUUCCAACGGCGCCGUAGCCACAUUUCCAACCGUCCACUGGGCCUCAUUUGGACUGGCAACCGCAAUCGUUUCGCCAAAACUCAUGCUACCGGUCUUCAUAGGUUUGCAGAUUGCAAAGAUAGCAGAGAGUGGAGGGAAAAUGGAACCGGGAACCAAAGCACUAAGCUACGUCAGUAUUGCCAUUGGAGCAAUCGCAGGGGUUGCAACUGGAUGGUUUAUGUACCGAAAGACAAAACAAAGGGCCCGCCAGCUUGAAGCCGAGGAACGCGCUGGCAUCCGUCGAACGUCCAUUGAGGAUCUAGAAAACGAGUAUGCGGAUGACCCGGAUGCUUUAGAGGCUGCGGAGACUCUCCGAGAAGAUGACGACGACAUUAGUCUUCGAUCUGAUUGGGCUGAUGAAGGUUAUCAUGACGAUCCUAGCGACAUAGAAGAUGCACUUGAGAUUCCCGAUGAUCCGUUUAAAGCUGGAGAUGGUACCUUAGAAGAGGAGAUUGGCGGAAGGCAGUAGCCCCUCUAUAUAUUCCCAUCACUAGAUGUGGACAUGUUGAACUAGAAUAGAGAGUCCACCGGGCCGGCAUGGUUUUGGGCGUUGUAGGCACUUCAUAUUUUGGAUGUACUUUUGAAAGUCACAGGGUUGGCAUUCGUCCCUUUUUCCUCGGCUGCGUCUCACGAUCGGGCGAUUGCAAUAAGGAUCCUAGAAACUCUAGGCACUGCCUACAUUCGUGAGCUGAGAUAUUAGGCGUAUUACUACUACCUACAUGUUCAAAUAUUUAAGGAAUUAAAUUGUUACCUAAAGUAACAACAGCCCACUCAAAGCAAGGCCGGAU